GUUGCUACCAGUUCAUAACUACACAAUACUGAGACAACUACAGAAACUGUGCUCAGAAUCAGUUUUGUUUCGCAAGAGAGAUAUCUUCACAAGGCCAAAAAGAGGAACAAACGGUUAGAUAUAUGUCUCACCUUUUGCCUCCGAAGCAGAAACACAUUUAUGGUUGUUAAAACAAUUUUUUAAAAUAAUCAUAACUUAUGUAAUGGGCCGACCUAGUUCCUCUACAUAGAACAAUGAUUUGUUCCCCAUUUCUUCCGGCUUGGUAUUGAGGAUACGUUCCUUACUGCGUGCUUGCAAUAAACCAGGUCUCGUCAGUUAUACCCGGAGCGCCAUCAGCCACGGGCUCACCCUGUGAUCGGCCGUCUUGCUGCUAACAGGUGGAUCCCAGAACUUGAAUGGUUCUCGAAUAUGGCCACUUCAGAAGAAGAACAACAGAUCAAAACCCUCAAGGACUUGUCGAAACAAGCAAUUGAUGAAUAUGAAGAGCUUCUGAAAGAAAACAAGAAGAUAAAGGAAGAUAAUAUAAGAUUGAUUGAAGAAAAAGAUAAUGCCAUCCAACAGGUGAAAGAACUCCACAGAGUUUCUCAAAUGGUGAUUGAUGAAGUUGACGUAAUUCAAAGCCACCUUGACAUCGAGAAAAGUUGCCGUGAAACUGCAGAAGUAUUUGCGUCAAAGCUGAACAAAGACAAUACAGCCCUUAGAAGAAUCAGCAUGCUCUGCAUGGAAAAACUGGGAACAGAUGCUCUUCCUGCUGAGCUUUCUCUGGGAGAAGAUUCAGCAACUGAUGCAACAAAUAUGCAAUUGGACAAUAAUGCUGGAUGUUCUUCAAUAGAAUGCCAACAUCAAAUCCAAGAUCUUCGAGAAAAACUUGCAUCAACGCUGGAAGAGAAGAGGCAGUUGUCUUUUCAGCUGGAGAACCUGAAAAGUCAUUGGGAAGACUUAACUGAUAAACUGCAAAAGGAAGAAGAAAAAAAUAGUUUACUGGCUACAAAAGUUGAAAAUCAAAAUCAAGUUCUAGCCAAGUACAAUAAAGUUUCCACGUUGGCCCUGGAGAAAUACGAAGUCUUGGAGCAAAGUCUGGAACUGGAGAAAGAUCUCCGAAAGGAGGCAGAAUCCUUUGCCCAUGAGAUGCUUGUGGAACAAAAAAAACUAAAAAGGCGAAGCCAGAUUCUUACUCAGAAUAUGGUGCCUCAUGAGCAACUCAUGAAAGCUCUUGAUGACCUUGCAAUUGUGACGGAGGUAAUGGAGGAGGAGAGAAUUCUGCAUGAGAGGAAGAUAAAGGAGAUGGAGGAACGUCUAGAUGAUUCCAGACUUCAGAAAGAAGUAGACUCACUUAUGAAGCAGCUUCAACUUUUUGAAGAAGACAGAGAGGAACUCGAACUUAAGUGUAAAAAAUCUGAUCAGCAAGUGAGGGAUCUGAAACAUACCAUUGAUGAACUGGAGAAACGCAUCAAACAAGCAGAAAGCUCAACAUCACCACCAGUACCACCACCACCACCAGCUCCACCUCUUCCACAGCCAUCACCAUCUUCACAUCCUCUAAAAAAUCUUAUGAAGAUCAUAUGCAAAAAACAGAAAGAAUCCAAUUUGUCUGAGGUUCGAAAUCCACUUUCACAGGAAUCAGGCGAGCCUUUUGAAGAACUGAAGAAACAAGCAGUUGAUGAAAUGAUGGAGAGAAUUAAGAAGGGAGUUCAGCUUCGGAAAGUUAAUAAUACAAACAAGACUCCACUUACUAAGAACAUACCUCAAGAAUAUAAUGCUUUACAGGAGCUCAGAGGAAUACUGAAAUCUCAUAAACAUGGAAUAUUGACAACCAGUACACAGGUUACAGAAGAAAAUGAGCUGCAAAGAAUCCUAUGGCGCAGAAAGGAAAUAACGGAAACGGAUUCUGGUAGCUCACAACACAACUUGGUGGAUAUAACAACACAAUCUGGGGAUGCCUUAAGUUCAGGAAAUGAUUUCACCAGAAAUAAGUUCAAUCGCCUACCGGUUCGGAGAGAACUAACCAAGAAUGUAAAUUCAAAGCGUUCAGUUUCAAGUGAAAAAGAGGGGGAUAACUAAUCAAGAGUUAAAUAUUUGAUAAAUAUUUUUUCACGGUCGAUUUGCAAGCACAAUGCUGAUAUGAGGAGCAAGUUUAUUUUGUGAAAGUGAGAGUUUCUUGGCAUUGUCCUUUGUCAACGUGCACGGCUUUUUCCCCUUCCACUUUAAAGAUUAGAUUUUAUUAACUCAGCCGAAGCGGCUAAGGCACUGAUGUUUUGAUCCUCUGUAUAAUUUAUUGUGCCAAACGAAGUGCAAAAUACCUUAACAGGGAAGGAAAUGAAAUAAAUCUCUGCAAAUUCAAGCACAAUAUAUGAUAAAUGGAAACUGAACAGCACUUUGUAUUUUCGCGUUCUGCACAGUCAUGGUUAUUAUGUGGAAUAAAAGAGUUAUGUGAACUUC